AUGGGGAAACCGGAGGGCAUUCGUAUUUUUUUGCGCAUUCGCCCGGCAACGGAGGGACUGCCGCGGCCGCUUCUUGGCAACAGCGGCAGGGAGGCGGAGACGUGCGGGUAUGCGGUGGAGCACACCUUUGAGCAGUCGACGGUGCACUUCCACGUUGAGCGCCGCGCGGAGGCGGGUGUGGUGAACAACGCGAAGGAGGACUACAAGUUUACCUUUCGCCGCGCCUUCGAGCCGAGCGCGACGCAGGAGGAGGUGUUCAACGUCGUCGCGAAGGACUGCGUUGUGGCGGCUCUGGACGGCUACAACAGCACCAUUUUCGCCUACGGGCAGACAGGCAGCGGCAAGACGUACAGCAUCACGGGGGGCGCGGAGAGCUACGAGGACCGCGGGAUUAUCCCACGCGCGCUGGCGCUCAUCUACGACGAGGUGGCGCGGCGGCAGCAGGAGGGGACAUGGAGCAUCGCUGUGUCGUACCUGCAGAUCUACAACGACAAGGGGCAGGACCUGCUCAACCACGGCCGUGACGCGCGGCGGUUGGAGGAUCUGCCCACCGUCACCAUCCACGAUGUGGACGACGAGGAGGUGCUGUUGAAGGGGCUCGCCCAGCACGGGGCCCCCAACGUGGAGGAGGCUCUCAACCUGCUCUUCCUCGGCGACACCAACCGACUCUAUUGUGAAACGCCGAUGAACAAGACCUCCUCGCGCUCGCACUGUGUUUUUACAAUUUACCUCGAGACCCGCGCCCACGGCUCAUCUGUGGUGCGACACUCCAAGCUGAACCUCGUCGACCUUGCCGGCAGUGAGCGAGUGGCUAAGACGGGGGUGAGUGGGACGGUGUUGACGGAGGCGAAGCACAUCAACCUUUCUCUGCACUACCUGGAGCAGGUCAUCAUGGCGCUUAGCGAGCAGGCCAGCGGGAGGCGUGAACACGUACCCUUCCGAAACUCCUUCAUGACGAUGGUGCUGCGGGACUCACUGGGGGGGAAUUGCCGCACAAGCAUGCUCGCCACCGCCCACCUCGUCCUGGACCACCUGCCGGAGACGAUCAGCACCUGCCGCUUUGCACAGCGCGUUGCCCUUAUCUGCCAGAACGCGCACAUCAACGAAGAGGUGGAUGCGCAUCUGCUGGUACGGAAGCUCAAGAUGGAGCUGCAGCAGCUGCGGGAUCAGCUGGCGUUCUACACGAAAGACGGCGGCGGUGCCCCCGAUCGUGAGCUCACCGACGAUGAAAAGCAGCGGUGUCAGGAUAUGGUGCGACGAUACGUCUCCGACACCGGCACUGAUGUCCGCAUUGAGGGUUUUGAUGGAGACCUUGCACGCAUUUACUACUGCUUUGACGUGAUGAAGCGCAUGUUAGCAAGUGGCGGCGGUGGGGGUGGGGGUGUAGGCUUUAACGCUUCCGUCGGCUCCCAGCUGACGCAGCAACAAUCACAGCAUCCGUUGGAGCUCUACCGUGCCCGCAUCGAUGCCCUAGAGUUAAGUCUACAGCAGAAGGAGAAUGAGAUGAACAUGCUUUUUGGCGUUCUGCAGAAGACGCAGCGGGCGCGUUUUAACGUGGAAACGCAGACAGGCGCCACGGCGGAGGCGGCGUACUGCAGCAGCAGUAGGAAAAAUGACGACAACAACAACAACGGUGUUCCUACCGCCGUUGUUAGUGCCAGAGCAGAAGUCGCCUCUCAGGGAGGAGCACCGCUGUCACCCUCGCUACCGCAGCAGUUACCUGAAAAUGGGAGUCAAACUGCCGUGAGUUUGUACCGCCGUACGUUGCACGACCGACUCGAACCGGCGCAGCUCACCGCCGUCGAUGAGUUUUUUCGCAAACAGGAGCAACUCAAUGAGGUGUACGACCUCUCCGCCCUCACGGACGCGGACCUAUUGAAGGACCGCGCCACCGCUUUUGAGGCUUUCCAUCGCUCCUAUCGCCACUGUGCCGAGGUGGAGGACAACAAACGGGAGUUGAAGCAGCGAUACGACGCCUGUAAGACCACCGCGCGACAACUCAACGACGCGGUGGACCGUAUCAAACACCUAAAGGCAUACAUUCAGCGUGUGCGUGCGGAGCGGGCGUUGCAGGGGGUUGAGACGAUAGAUACCGCGGAGCAGACCUUGCUGGAGGAGUUGACAGCAACCAAGGCCACCUACAACGAUCUAGCCACCUCGCUGAGGCGGCAAAAGGAGGAGAUUGACGCCAUGCACAUGUUUAUGAAGCGGUCGCAGGAGCAGUUGACGCGGGACUUUGAGGACUGGCUGCAGAUCCGGAAGAAGCAGCUCGCCAUGGCCACGAGUGGGGGGGUGAACGCUUCCGGCCCCGUUCCUGCCCCCGCCCUAAUGACGAACACCAGCACGCCGUCCGUGUCCUCCCCGCUCUUCACGCGUCAAAAUAUUCUUCAAUCUCUGCCACAGCAGCAGACGGCGACGCAGCGGCGCGUGACGUCCAUGCCAAACAUGCCGUUUGAACUCCCGCCACUGCGAAAAGAAGCCAUGACGUCGGCGCGGAUGCGGAAUGGUAAUAACACGUGGACCUCCGUGAGCAGGGGGAUGAGCGAGGUUAGCGGGAACAUCAGUUCGCCGGCGUCGGUGCAGGUAAAUGCUCCUUCCGGGCCCUUGCAGAUGCACCCGGCCACCGCUCCGCCAGCGUUGGGGAUGGAGCGCACCUCAUCCUCUGCACCGCCCAACACACUCAUUCCAAUGAACUACCCCCCGGUAGGAAGUAACGACUUGACAGGGGCGGAGGCAUCGGCGUUGUCCGUGCUCCCCGUGAAUCACGUGGAAAGCAACGGCGGGGCCCCGAACCCCUACGCCCCGGAGCACCGCUCAACAGGAGAUGCGGCGGCAGAUAAACAACUCGCCGCGUUGUACAAGGCGCGGGAUUCAAUGCGGCAACGCCUUCAGUCGUAA